AUGCUCUUCCCAGGCGCAGAGAUAUACAAUAGCUUGUUUUUGCAGCAACGAGUUUGGGUUCCGCAUUACGUCUCACCAUCCGACGCCGAAUGGGCGCGCUUCAAGCGAUACGCCCGCAGGCUCAAGUACCUCUGGGUGCCGAAGCGCAGCAAUGCCGUCCACCUACUUCACGAGUAUGUCCAACCAAGGCUUCGUGAAGAGCUAGAAAACUCGCUGGGAAGCGGUUAUCUGUUUCCACGUCUGACGGAUCUCCGAUGGUUCUCCGCCAUCGAGCACACCUGCGAUGCCCUCGUCACUCUCUCCCCGGUGAUUUCGCGUCUCAGCCUUGCUUUGGACCUGAAGUUCUGGCGCUUGGUCGAUUCUUGGGAAAUUGCAGAUUCCCUCCGACACAUCCACGAGGUCAUGCACCCCACGUUGGCAAAGCUCUCGGAGUUGGAUGUACAACUGGUAGACGAUCCCGGUCACGAAGACAGCCUUGCGAAAUCUCAGGGGUUUCGCGAGCGAGUACCCUGGUGGACCUUCAUUCAUCUUCGCCGACUCAACGUGGUACACGAAGCACAUCUGACUGAGCAGAUGGUUCUGUCGCUCAUGUCGCUCCCCGUGCUCUCCGAACUCGACCUGUGCUUCCAGAUGCGCGACCGCGACGCCGGCUACUUCGACAAGUACCUCCCGAAACGGCUGGCGAAGGCGGGCUCUGGAUUCCCGGCGCUACAGCGCCUCAAGGUCGUCGCUUCCGCGCUGGAUUGCGGCUCCUUCUUCGAAUUACUGGGAUCAUCCGUCCCCUCAGAGCCGUCGUCGGCCUUCAUCUCAUCCUUCCGGUUCACCUUCGGCGACAUGGAGUGUGCGGUAACCGACGCCGAUCUCCUGCACCUCGUUCAGCCCGAACCCGUCUUCUCGAACCUGGAAGAGAUGGUCAUCGAGUACACACGCCCGCCCGCAGCAGACCUCCCAGCAAACUUCCCCUUCCCUUCGACUGCAACGACGGAUGCAGUCAAGCGCGCACUCCCCAAGCUCCGGACGCUCGUAGUGCCCUCGUCUGAGCGCGUUCGCUCGGGCCUGGAGCAGGCUGUACUCGAAAGCACGUCGGAAGAGGGGCGGCCUUUCGGCGUGUCGGUGCUCCUCGGAGAGUCGGGAGAAUUUGUCAAUGUUGUGCCGCUCGCCUAUGUGCUGGAGGACGAUGAGUGUCCAUUUCCCGAGGAACAUGGUGACAGUUUGGAAGAGGGUCUGUAG